AGGGCCGUUUCUCCCCCCCUUUCCCGGGGCUGAGCGCUGCGCAGCCCGUCCUGCACCAAGCGGCGGAGUCAGAGCGAGCGCCCGGCGGCUCCGCAGGCUGCGGCGGCUCUGCCUCCUUCCUCCUCCUCCUCCUUUUCCUCCUCCUCCUCCUCCUCCUGCUUCCAGCCCGGCUCAGCGUCCCGGCUGGCCGCCCCGUGCGCGGCUCCCACCCUCUAUGGAUGGGAAAGCAGCACCCAACGGCGUGGCCACCAUCGAGGACAGGAUCUUGCGCAUCACUGGCUACUAUGGAUAUUACCCGGGUUACUCCAGCCAGAAAAGUGCCUCACGAUCAUCUGUCAUCCAAUGCAAGCCAGGAGGCAACUGCCCCAGCAGACACAGAGGCAUGACUAGGCAGCUCUCCCCUCUAUCUGUUGCUGAAGAUUCUGCUGCUCCCAUUCUUGAGCUGCAGAAUCGAAGUCCCUCGGGAAUCUGUCGGCACAGCAGAGUCGAGAGGCAGAGCAGAUCAGGAGAUGAAGGAACGCAGGCACACACAGAGAACAGCAGCCAAGAAGCUGAAGGACAGACACGAUGCCAGUCUUGCACAUCAACAUUUCUCAAGCUUAUCUGGAGAUUUCUGAUAAUUUUGUCCGUCUUUUCCUCCUGGGUUGGGACCACACAGUUUGUCAAAAUUACGUAUGAGACCUUUGACUGUCCUUUUUUCAUGACUUGGUUCUCAACAAACUGGAACAUUAUGGUUUUUCCCAUUUAUUAUUCUGGGCACCUUGCAACUACACAGGAAAAGCAGUCUCCAAUCAAGAAAUUCAGGGAAUGCAGUCGGAUUUUCGGUGAAGAUGGUCUGACGCUGAAACUCUUUCUUAAAAGGACUGCUCCCUUUUCUAUUCUGUGGACUUUGACUAACUACCUGUAUUUACUGGCUUUAAAGAAGCUGACAGCCACAGACGUCUCUGCCCUAUUCUGUUGUAACAAAGCUUUUGUCUUCUUGCUUUCUUGGAUUGUGCUGAAAGACAGGUUCAUGGGAGCAAGGAUAGUUGCAGCAAUAAUGGCAAUCACAGGAAUUGUAAUGAUGGCAUAUGCAGAUGGUUUCCAGGGUGAUUCAAUUAUCGGGGUAGCAUAUGCUGUUGGAUCAGCCUCUACAUCUGCAUUAUAUAAGGUUUUGUUCAAAAUGUUUCUUGGAAGCGCAAACUUUGGGGAAGCGGCUCAUUUUGUUUCUACUCUGGGCUUCUUCAAUUUAAUUUUCAUCUCUGUUACCCCCAUCAUACUGUAUUUUACAAAAGUGGAGUACUGGUCCCCCUUCUCUGCUGUGCCGUGGGGUUACCUGUGUGGCAUAGCUGGCCUCUGGUUAGCUUUCAACAUUCUGGUUAAUGUUGGCGUCGUCCUUACAUACCCCAUUCUGAUCUCUAUCGGCACAGUGCUCAGCGUCCCUGGAAAUGCAGCUGUGGAUCUGUUGAAGCACAAAAUGAUCUUCAGCGUGGUGAGGUUGGGAGCCACCAUCAUCAUUUGCAUUGGGUUUCUGCUGAUGCUGCUCCCCGAGGAAUGGGAUGAAAUAACCCUGAGGUUCAUCAACAGCUUGAAGGAAAAGAAAAGCGAGGAUCACGCCGAUGACAUCACAGACUCCAGCGUACACACGAGGAGCAGAAGUAGAGCUAAUGGGACAGUAUCUAUACCACUAGCUUAGGGCUGGUGGACUGUAAUUGCACGCAGGUGUAUAUUCUGUGAAUAUAGCUUAAAUUUCCUCACUACUUGUAUGCUUAAAAAUGACAUUUACUCUGAACUGAGGAUGAACUGUAAGAUAAGAGAAAUACAUCUAUAAUAUAUGUUUACA